AUGGCUGGGUUACUUGGAGCAUACUCUGCUUUCUUGACUAGAAGACCUUUGAUAGGAGGUAUGGCGUCUUCUGCUGUACUCUUUGCUACUGGUGAUGUCGUAGCUCAACAAUUGAUUGAGAAAAAAGGCAGUAAACAUGAUUUCGUCAGAACUGCCCGAAUUGUCGUUUGGGGAGGAGGUAUCUUCGCGCCUGCCGUAACAGUAUGGUUCAGGACAUUGGAAAGAUUACCUAUCAAAAGUAAAUGGCCUGCGACAUUCGCGAGAGUGGGGCUGGAUCAAUUCGUUUUCGCUCCUUUCGUAUUGACCGGUUUCUUCCACGCCAUGACCCUCAUGGAAGGUAAGACCCUCGCUGAUGCCAGAGCGAAAUGGCAAGAGGCUUUCGUUCCUACUUUGAAAGCGAACUGGAUGUUGUUCAUUCCUUUCCAAACUCUUAACAUGUUCAUUCCUCUCCAAUAUCGACUCUUGGCUAUCAACGGAGUCAACAUACCAUGGAACGCUUUCUUGUCUUUACAAAAUGCUAAACCUAAACAAGUUGAGAAGGCCGAGAAUGAUCUCAAGAAGGAUUAA